AUGGCCGACAAAUUCCGACUAGUUUGGUUUUGCGACGACUUCUCCAUCCAAGACAAACGCAGGUUAUGCGACACGAUUCAACAUCAAGCCAAAGACAGAAGAUUUUCCAACGUUGCCGACUUCCUGGAUACCGCUUUAUCGCUGCUCGAGCAGGAGCUGUGCAGUCACUAUGAUGAAGCAAAGCAGCUGGGCACGCCUUCCCUGACCACCAUCUCGGACGUCUUGGAAAUGGUUGACGAUCACGGCACGGUUCCACCGACUUUAGGCGGUGCCUUGCAGAAUUUCUUGCUAGUCGUGCUGCAGAUUGCUCUGUUCAUUGGGUGUGGUAUCUCCCGAGUCACCCAGCCUGAACAAGUGUGAGAUGCUGACAGUAUUCACAAUAGGAGCCACGAAGCUGAGCAGACGCCAUACCCAGGCCUCACAUGCCCUUCGCUACUUGCUGGUCUCAGUGCUGGAAUGCUCCCUGCGUCCGCAGUGGCGACAGCGACAUGCCUAUCAGAUCUAGCCGUUCUCGGAGCUGAGACUGCGCGAGUCGCGUUCAGGAUCGGCAUCUGUAUCCACCAGAUGUCUACACUGCUCGAACCAGCGCAUGAUGGUCACACUCGUGAGAGCUGGGUCUACGUUGUCACGACGUUGGAUUAUGACGAGGUAGAACGCGAAAUUGCUUCAUUCAACCGCGCAAUGGUAAGGCUGCAUCCCCGAGACCAAGGUCGCUAGCACGUCGCGACCGAGCUCAUGAAUCCUUCCCAGUCCAACGAGGGUACAACACGCCUGUACAUAAGUGCUGUUGACCAGUCCUCCGUCACCGUAACGGGGCCUCCUUCGCGACUGAAGCAGGCGUUCUAUACAUCUACAAAACUGCGUUAUGCCAGAUGGACGGCUUUACCGGUGUACGAUGGCCUCGCCCAUGCACCACAUCUGUACGACGCACAGGCUGUUGCGCAUAUCCUACAGCCUCUGGACCGAAGUCCCCUGCUCUCGAACAAGGUCGUAGUUCCUCUACUAUCCUCUCAUACGGGGCUGCCUUUCACGGCUCGUGAUGGCCGCGAGCUUCUGGCGCAGGUCACUUCGACGCUUCUUUUGAAAAGCAUCCGUCUCGAUGAUUUGCAGAGAGGCGUUCUGGAUCAUUUCUCGCAGUCCGGCAGGUCACUCUUGGAAUUCUCCACGUUUGAAACAUGUCGUGGAUCACGUCUGGUAAUGCAAGCUGUCCAGACGGCUGAGCCCUGCUGUCUCCUAGAGCCAAAGGACCUCACCAUCUGGACAACAACCUCGUUCGAGCGUCGUAGUCCUCGUACCCGAAAACAGUCGAAGCUUGCUGUUGUUGGUAUGUCUUGCCGUAUGCCUGGCGGUGCCGAUGAUCCCGAACUUCUCUGGAGCCUUUUGAUGGAAGGGAGAGAUACGUGCGAUGUGGUGCCGAGUGAUCGCUUCGACCUAGACGCGCAUUUCGAUCCCACAGGAAAGGUUGCCAACACCACUAAAGUCCAAUACGGAAAUUUCAUCGAUGAGCCCGGGAGGUUCGACGCUGCUUUUUUCAACAUGUCUCCUCGUGAGGUACCUAUUCCAACAAAUUCAUAGAUCUGCGUGGCAUACAUGAGCUAAUUGCUCAUGAACGUUAGGCCGAUAAUACUGAUCCGGGCGCUCGUCUGGCGCUUGUGACUGCUUACGAGGCCCUUGAAUCGGCAGGCUAUGCUCCGAGUCGCACCCGGGCGACCAUGCCGGACCGAGUCGGCACAUACUUGGGGCAGGCGAGUGAUGACUGGCGGGAACUGAACGCCAGUCAGAACAUCAACGCUUUCAUCGUUCCCGGUGGCGUACGCGCUUUUGCCAACGGACGUAUCAACUACUUCUUCAAAUUUGGUGGUCCGAGUAUCAACAUCGAUACGGCCUGUUCGAGCGGUCUUGCCGCAGUUCAGGCAGCAUGUUCCGCUCUAUGGGCAAACGAGGUUGAUAUGGCAAUCGCGGGUGGACUGAAUAUUAUCACCGAUCCGGUGGGUUGCUGAACGAAAGCUAUAACCCGUAUUGUUCGCUAUGCUGACAAUCCUCUGUAUAUGAUAGGAUAACUACUGCGGGCUAGGCGAAGCCGGCUUUCUUUCGCGGACCGGCCAGUGCAAAGUGUGGGACGAAACCGCGGAUGGAUAUUGUCGCGCAGAUGGUGUCGGCACUAUCGUCGUCAAACGGCUCGAGGAUGCCGAAGCAGAUAACGACAAUGUGAUUGCUGUCAUUCUCUCUGGAGCGACUAACCAUUCUGCUCAUGCGCCUUCAAUUACUCACCCGGACCCUGGUGCUCAGAGUCGCAACUAUCUGAGCGUUGUCCGGGAUGCAGGCAUCGAUCCAUAUGAUGUGACCUAUGUGGAGCUACAUGGGACCGGUACACAAGCUGGAGAUGUUGUAGAAGCUCAAUCUAUUGAGACAGUGUUCGCCCCGUCGUGGCCACGACAAAAGCGCAGCAAGAAAUUGUUGCUAGGGGCAGUCAAAUCGAACAUUGGCCACGGAGAGGCUGCAGCUGGCAUUGCCUCGAUGAUCAAAGUCCUUCUAUGCUUUCAGCACGAUACGAUUCCCGCACACGUCGGUAUCCGAACAAGAGUCAAUCCGAACAUUUCAAGAGAGCUACUCGGCUCUCAAAACGCAGUCCUGGUGCAGGAGAACACGCCCUGGCCACGACCAGCCACCGGUAGUAGGCUGGCAUUGGUCAAUAGCUUUGGCGCACAUGGAGGCAAUACUACUCUGCUUCUCGAGGAUGCUCCCAUACCGUCCCGUAUCGGCAGCGAUGCGAGAAAGAUCUUUCCGAUUGUGAUCUCUGCCAAGAGCCGCCAUUCCCUCGCGAGGAAUCUCCAAAGAUUGCGUGACUACCUCGAUCAAGACCGAGGCGUACCUCUGGGAGAUAUUUCCUACACGCUUUCAGCUCGAAGAAUGCACCAUAACUUGCGCGUCGGCACUGCUAGUGCUAGCCUUGGUGAGGUACGAUCGUGGCUGGCCACUGCAUCCGCCACCGUGGAUACUGCAAGACACGUCCCUGUCGACGGGCACAACAUCGUCUUCGCCUUCACCGGUCAAGGCGGAUACUAUGAAGGUAUUGCAACUCAGCUCAUUCAGGAGUCCUCUCUCUUUCGCGAUGAAGUUGGAAGGCUGAAUCAGAUUGCCAUUGGAUUCGGAUUCCCGCCAAUCGCAUUGCAUGUUGAUGGGCGGAAGGCCUCGACGGAGUACGCGUCGCCAAUCGUUACUCAGCUAACGAUCACCGUUGUUCAGAUCGCCUUAACAGGCUUUCUAGCCAAGCUGAAUAUCUUUCCGACUGCAGUGGUCGGUCACAGUCUGGGCGAAUACGCGGCUCUCGUUGCUUCUGGAAUUCUUUCCGCUGCUGAUGCCAUCAUGCUUGUGGGAAAGCGUGCGUGCCUGCUGCAGGAAAACUGCGUCACGGGAGAUCACGGUCUCUUGUCGAUACGAUCCAGCAAUGAAUCAUCGUACAUAUUCUUCAAGGAAGCCAUAGACGGAUUCGACGACUUGGAAGUCUCAUGCAUCAACGACUCUAGAUCGUGGGUUGUUGGUGGUGGAGUGUCUAGCCUUGCAAAAGCGCAAACCAUGCUCGAGCAACGAGGAUUCCUGUGCACCGCGCUUGACGUGGCUUUCGCCUUUCACACAUCACAAAUGGACCCCAUCUUGGACGCAUUUGAGGCACUCGCCGAGACGGUCUCGUUCCGGAAGCCACAAGUGCCAUACCUGUCCCCCCUGGUACAGCGCACCGUCUUCGAUGCUGUCACGAUCGAUGCGAAGUACCUCAGGCGAGCAUGUCGGGAGCCGGUCAACUUUCACGGCGCAUUAAGUCAUGCGUUGUCUGAGGAAGUACUCGAUGCAGAUGCUUUGGUCUGCGAGAUCGGGCCCCAUCCUGCCUUACUGAGCUUCACUCGGGACCUGCUUCCCGGGGCCAGGACCUUCGCCACUCUUGCUAGAAAUGAGCCCAAUUGGACAACACUAACCAAAACCUUGGUCGGUCUACACUGUGCGGGAGUCCCCGUCAGUUGGAGAGAGCACUUUGCAGAAUACGAGAAGGCUCAUCGCUUGUGCCGUCUCCCUGCCUACGCUUGGAACGAUAGAACUCACUGGAUCCCAUACGAUGGUCAUUGGACACUCGACAAGGCUCUGACAAAAGCCUGUCAACCUCUUCCCAAUACACAAGCGAGAAAGCCCUCUCUGUCCACAUCUCUUAUCCAUUCUGUGCUCGUAGAGGAGAUACAUCAAAAGAGGGUUGAACUCGUCACACUGUCUGACUUGGCACAUCCCGACCUCCGCACAACCAUGACCGGUCAUCUCAUGAACAAGCACAGUAUUGCAUCGUCGGUAUGUAUCCCCCUCAGCCGUCAUCGAGAUGGCGACAUAUGGAUACUUAUACUUUUCAGUCUGUCUGGUGUGAAAUGGCACUCGCGAUUGGCAGGCAUGUGUUCGAACGCCUUGCACCUGUUGGAGAACAACAGGAGCUCACAAUUCAUGACCUGCAAUGCGCCGAGGCUCAGAUCCUUGUGGAGCAGCCUCAAAUACACCACUGGAUUCGACUAGAGGCAACAAUGUCGCCUGAGACGCGCAAUCUGGGUCUUCGAUGGUUCUCAACUGAUUCUCAGUACACUCGGCCCGAAGAGCCGUUCGCGACAUGUGCCGUGACUAUGGACAGGCUGCGCCCUCCGGAGAUGAGCUUGUCCAUAAUGGAGCAUCUGAUGAAAAGUCGUCUUGACGCGCUAGACGAAAUGGUACUUGGCGGCUCAGCGAGCAGACUUUCCAAAGACAUGGCCUACAAAAUAUUCUGCAAUGUGGUUCAGUACUCGAAUGAGUAUCAAGGGAUGGAUACAGUUGUUAUCUCGGGUUACGAAGCAUAUGCUGACAUUCGACUAAGUGCGCGUCCCUUAGGGAAAUGGCACACUCCCCCCUGCUGGAUCGACAGCAUAUCGCAUAUUGCUGGGCUGGUCAUGAACGGCAGUGAGCAGUCUAACACGCGUGACUACUUUUGGGUCACACCAGGCUUUGAAGCCUUCACGUUGACGCGAGCUCUGGAAACCGGAACCGCAUACCGUUCCUACGUUAAGAUGGCACCGACCGAGGAUCCAAAUCUGUUCGCGGGGGACGUCUUUGUCAUGUCGAAUGGCCAAAUUAUUGGUUUAGUGAAGCAGAUCAAGUUCAAGCAGAUCCCACGCAUACUCAUGAAUGAGUUCUUCUCGCCUAAGGUCAAAGAACCGGCCGUUUCGGAUGGUCAAGAGCGUCAGAGACACCAUGGUCGCUCGCCUCGUCACAGUACACCACAGCCAGAGAAAGCUCGAAAACACACCCCAAGCGCCAUUCAUGACUACGUGGAUCAUAGCUCCGCGGCAACUCUGCCUACACUAGCAGAUCAAAGCCCCCCAAGCAGCGAGCCUUCUUUGGUGAGCCGCUUCAUACAGCUUCUGGCUACGGAGACUGGCAUGAACGAGAUAGAACUUGGGGAUGAUCGCAAAUUCACGGAGCUAGGCGUCGACUCCCUCCUGUCACUCCUUCUAACGACGAGAUUGCGAGAGAAUCUAGGCCUGAAGAUCAAACACACGGCUUUUCUAGAGCACGAGACCAUCGGCGAGAUGAAGCAGUGGUUGAUCAACAACUUCUAG